UAUAAAACUGUCACUGUUUACAAAAAAACAAAUCAAUAACAAUAUAAAGAAAACGUAUCAACUAACUAAGGGGGGUAACUCUAAGUUUAUUUUGUGCACUUCACUCGUAUCAGCUGUAGAAGGAUGGUGAAAAUUGGUCUUCAGUUCAAGGCAGAUUUGGAAUUUUUAACAAAUUUAAGACCAGAUGGAGAAGAUUUUAGGUGGUAUAUCAGACUGAAAUGCUUCAGUUGUGGUGAAGCUACCACUGAUUAUCAGUAUGUUACACCAGCUGACAGCUCGCCAUUGAAAGGUGGCCGAGGCUCAGCAAGUAUGGUUAUGAAGUGUAAACUAUGUGGCAGAGAAAGCUCUAUAGACAUAAUAAAAGAUUCCAUAAAACCUUAUAAUAUUGAUGACAGUGGAAAAUUCAAAACCAUGGUUGUAUUUGAUUGUCGAGGCAUGGAACCUAUUGACUUUUCUCCUAGAGUUGGGUUUAUGGCUGAAGGAGCAGAAACAGGUGCAAAGUUUCCUGAAGUGGAACUGACAGAAGGUGACUGGGUUGACUAUGAUGAAAAGCAAUGCGAGUCUGUGGGAGUGUAUAAUAUUGAACACAAGUUUGUGAAGCUUUAGUGGACAGAAUUUAUAGAAGAUCUUCAGUGUAUAUUGCAUAUGGGUUAUCCAACCAGAAGACAUGACUUCCAAUUUGCAAUAGUUUCUGGUGUUUUGUGGAUGUGUCAUGUGAAGAAGGAAGACUUUCUGAUGGGAUGCAUAUGGACAAUAUAAAAUUCUUUUACUAUUAAGUGAUAUGGUAUCAUCCUAAUGACACACAGAUAAAUCAUACCUUUAAAUAGAA